AGAGUAAUUUCAAUCACAAAUAGCAAAAGUCAUUUUGUUUCUAUUUUGAGAUUUGAAUUAUAAGUUAUUUUAUUAUAUAUAUAUAUAUUCGCUUGCACAUGAUUAAUUAAUUUAAUUAAAUUAUGGUUGUGACAUGCACUUGGUCCAUCAUUCAGGGUCAUUAACAAAUACAUUGGUGAGUUGAGUUCGUAUUGAAUUUUUACGGGUUUGUGUUAAAUAGUUCUCUAUUCAUAUUCGAUUUGUUUAUUAAUUCGUAUCUAACGAAUCAUGUUAUAUCGAACUCGUGUCGUUUAUUAAUUGUAUAUAAUUAAUAUAUAAAUAAAUCAUGACGUGCAUUUUUUUUAAUUAAUUUUAUUUAAUAUAAUUCGUUUAUUAAUGGUAUCGUAUCCGCUUCUUUACUAAACAAAUAGCUUAAGAAAUAACAAAAUCCUUUAUUUUUGUAUCAUAUUAACAGAUUAUAUUAUAUUUUGACGCAAUAUUGAAAGAUAUGAAACAAUUAGACCACUGAUCGGAAAGUGUAGAGGAACCAAAAUUCCGAACAAGGAGUAGCAGACAAGAGUAAAGUCACGUGCUUUCUGUCUUGUUCAAUUGUAAGACUGUCCAAAGCACAAAACACUCAAUUACUCGCUACAAACUUUCACUAUAUAAUAUGAUUCACUAAUGUGGAUCAAGAAGGUGACCGUUUUGUCUUUUAUAUUACCUCUUUCCCUCCAUUUGUAUCUCCACCAUCUUCCCCUUCUCUUUCUCUCCAGUGAAUAACUAUCUUUUGCUCCAUGGCAACCCCCAACUCUUCUUCACAUCAGAAAUCAGAUGCAACAGCAAUGGAUGCACCAGGGAUCGAUAAUGGUGAAGAGUUUGGAGUUCACGUCUUCUCAUCCUCAUCAGAGUUGCUUGAAAAGCUGCAUGAAAAGUGGACUUCAGGGAAGGAACAGCCAUACCCAGCAAUGUAUUCCAGUGUAUUUGGGGGAAUUAUUCUUGAUCCAGCAAUGAUGGUUAUCCCGAUAGAUGAUCAUAUGGUUCAUCGAGGACAUGGCGUGUUCGAUACAGCUAUUAUUCUUGAUGGAUACCUCUACGAGCUGGAUGUACACCUGGACCGUUUUCUUAGGUCAGCAUCAAAAGCGAGAAUAUCAUCUCCCUUUCCAUGGGCAACCCUUCGAAGAAUUCUUAUUCAGCUUGCAGCAGCAUCGCAGUGCAAGAAAGGAACAUUAAGAUACUGGUUGAGUGCAGGGCCUGGGGAUUUCUUAUUGUCUCCUGCUGGAUGCCCAAAAUCAGCAUUCUAUGCUGUCAUGAUCAAUGAAGAUUUCUUGCAAUGCACAGAAGGGGUUAAAGUGAUAACAUCCACGAUCCCCAUGAAGUCACCUCUGUUUGCCACCGUGAAGAAUGUAAAUUACCUCCCGAAUGUCCUCUCAAAAAUGGAAGCUGAAGAACAGGGAGCAUUUGCAUCCAUCUGGGUUGACGAGGAAGGUUAUAUUGCAGAAGGUCCGAAUGUGAAUGUGGCUUUUAUAACCCAUGACAAGGAGCUUGUUUUGCCUGUGUUUGAUAAGAUCCUUAGUGGAUGCACUGCAUUAAGGCUUCUUGAACUAGCACCCAAGUUGGUUGAGCAGGGACGUUUGAAAAGUGUGAGAACUGCCAAUCUUACUGUGGAGGAAGCCAAAGGAGCAGCUGAAAUGAUGUAUGUUGGAAGCACACUUCCAAUAUUGCCGAUCAUCACAUGGGAUGAAAAACCCAUCGGAGAUGGAAUGGUGGGAGAAUUGACAAUGGCACUGUCGGAUCUGCUUUGGGACGAUAUGGUGGCAGGCCCCGAAACUCAAAGGUUAGCCAUUCCUUAUGCAUGAGAAAGCCACGUUAUCCAAAUUGAUGACUAUGCGGAAAGAAUGCACUGAAUAUCGUGAAAGAUUGGUCAUGGUUAUCAUUGUUGGGUACUUAAAGCAAAUGCUCCCUUUGUUCUUGUAUAAUUGCUCAGUGAUUUAUGUUUGAAUAUCUGAAUCUAGUCACGAAUAAAAUGUUCAUCAAGCUUGGUUUGUGUGCGGCUGAGUACAGAUUAUGUACUUGCAAAUUUGAUUCACAGCUUAGCAAGGCUGUUUGGAAACUUACGUUUUUGAGUGAUCAAACAC